AUGUGUAAGCAUAAUCUGGCGAGAAAUAUUUGCAGUCAUGAAUGCGAAAGGGAAAGAGACUCAUAUUCUUUUCUCACUUCUCUGUCAGACAUUCAGGAUUUGAAUAUUAGUCAGGAACAAGAUAAUAGAGAGAGUAUAUAUUAUGAAGAUAGUUCAGCGUUGGAAGGGUCUGAAAUAAGUAUACAUUUGCUCCCCUUGGACCUAAAUAGUACAGAUGAGAAUGAAAACGAAAAUGAAUACUUCAAGAGGAACAUCCUGUUGCUAAGUGCAAAACGGAAGGAGGAAGCAAGACAAAAGAAGAAAAUUUCAAAAAGGGUAUCUCUUCUAUCCGAAAACACAAAGAAAAAGCCUGUAGAAUCAAGUUCUGAUUCGAGUAGAGAUUAUGAUAAUCAACUCAACUGGAAAUAUGAAGUGGCAGAAUACGAGGAGCAUGAUGUAAAACUUUGUGGAUGUCAUAAAUCGAGGAAAGCAAAGUGUUUUAAAGAACUGGAAAUUGAAUGUUUAGAAAAGGGAGAUAUAAAGAGAAGCCUUUUCUAUAGAGGUAUAAAUGAAUGGUGCAAGGAAUACGAAAUCAAUAAAACGAGAGAAGUCUGUGUCCCUUUGAUACAAGAAUUUUACCUACAUGAGAAUGGCAGCGACGAUUUAUUUUGA